AUGCAGAAGAUUAAUAGGAACAAGAAAACGGGCAGACGAGAGAACGUGAAAACGAGACAAUCUGCUCCUUUUUUGACUAAUCACGUCUGGGUAGGGACAGAUCGAGGUGUCAGUGUCUAUCAUAAAGCGGAUAACCGUUGGACGAAAUUAGACAGGGAGGAUGGGCUACUCUCUGAUGAUGUCACUGCAAUCGCCACCGAUGGAAAAUCGGUCUGGAUAGGUACGACUCUCGGUGUUAGUCUCUAUGAAUUGGAAAGUAAGCGUUGGAAAAAGUUCCAGCGACGCGAUGGUUUGGCAAGCAACGAAGUUACCGCCAUCGCUGUGGACGGAAAUUAUAUCUGGGUUGGGACCGAUACGGGUAUUUCGCGUUAUGAUAAGACGACAGGGGCGUGGGCAUUACAACGAGAGAAAGAUAAAGAUCAAUUUAAUGCAAUCACCGCAAUUGCUGUGGAAUCUGAGUAUGUUUGGUUCGGUACGGAAGACGGGCUCCGACGCUACGAUAAACCCAAGGAUGCAUGGAACGCUUACACAAAAGAGGAAGGAUUGGUGGAAAACCAUAUCCGCCACAUCGCGUUGAGUCCUGAUGCUGUUUGGGUGGGUACAGAGAAAUCGGGUGUAAGCAAAUACAGUACAAUCAACCAAACCUUCACCGAAAGUCAUACCCGAACAGAUCGCAUAGAGAGCGAUUUCAUCAGGGCAAUUGCAGUUGAUGGAGACAAUGUCUGGUUUGGUUCGGCAGACCGUGGACUUCGGCGCUACAUCACAACGGUGGACACUUGGUUCAAGUACACGACAGCACAGGGCUUGGUCAGUGACCACAUUACCGUGUUGACAGUUGAUGGGAGGGACAUUUGGCUUGGUACUUACGAGCACGGUUUGGGGCGAUAUGAUAAAUCGACGGAUGGAUGGACAUGGUAUUCUAGGCGGGAUACACUGGUGUCAAAUCAGAUUAAAUCACUGGUUUCAACUGAGGGGGCACUCUGGGCUGGUACAAAUAAAGGUUUAAGCCGCUACUCGCUGCGCGAAAAAACGUGGCGGACCUACACCAAAGCUGAUGGUCUAGCGACAAACUAUAUUACCGCUUUGGCGAAUAAUGCCAAAGACGGAACGUUAUGGGUUGGAACGCCCUUGGGGCUGGGAAGGUUGGAGGGGGAACGAUGGCGUUUCUAUACCCAACGAAAUGGAUUGGCAAACAAUUUCGUCACCUGCAUCAGCCUCUCCAAUCAGGUCCCGACUCGUCGAGGAUCCUCGACGUUGUUUGGAUCGUUCCGGUCCAACAACGUCGGGGUUUGGGUUGGGACGAAGGGCGGCUUGAGUGUCUUGAUGGGAGAAUCCCCACCCUCCUCACCACAAUCAGGGGAGGACAAGCAAACGAGAAGCAUCCGCGAAUCUACGCGCAUCACCGCGAAUCAAAUUAGUGUAGAUUCGCGAGGAUUGGCGGAUGGUUUUCACGUUUCACGCCAACCCUAUCUCACUGGCAAGUGGGUAACAGCGGUGCUGGCAAUUGAUGAGGAAGUUUGGGCGGGAACGACUGAAGGAUUAUAUCGAAAAAAUGCUGCAACGGAUAAAUUUGAACCCUUUCCAGUGGUAACUGAUUAUGUCAAUACACUUGUGUUUAAUCCAGAUGGGCGAUUGCUAGUCGGUACGCGGAAUGGGUUAUGGAUUAUUCGACCCCCCUUUUAUCCCCCCGCUAGCGGGGGGAUAAGGGGGGUAACCCACAUCACCGAUGGUUUGCCGAACCUAAAUGUCAGGGCUAUUGCGUUAGACGGAGAAACCAUCUGGGUUGGGACACCGGGUGGGGUUGCACGCUCCGAUGGAAUUGGAGUUCAACAGGUUUUUACGAUGCAGCCAGAUGGCUUACUGCACGAUAAUAUCCAAAGCAUUGCCGUUGUGGAUAAGCAGGUUUUCUUCGGUACUGUUGCUGGUCUCGCUGUCUAUGAGGUAGAGAAGGAUCGAUGGGAGAAGCAUACGCCAUAUCACGAUACAGAGAUUUUGAGAGAGGAUCAGGUCCGUUGGAUUGAGUUAGAUGGACACCAUCUGUGGGCACUCAACUGGUCGGCUUCCCCGAAUGGUGCAAUUUUGAAAUUUGAUCGGCGCACCAAUACGUGGAUCGAGUACACGAAGGACGCACUACCACUCUCCCCCGAAGUCCCGUUUAUCACCGCAAUUAGUCGGCUGGCGGUGGGGAAAGAAGAUGUCUGGUGCGCUACGGGGGACGGCGGUGUGCUGCGGUAUAACAAAGCAUCGGAUACAUGGACACACUUCACAAGAUCAUCUGGACUACCGGGACACCACGCUACACUAAUCGAGUUUGAUGGGUCAAAUGGCGUUUGGGUUGCCUUCCUCGGUGGUGUAGCGGCGCACUAUGAUACGUGGGCCGAGAAAUGGGAGACAGUGAAAGUGACGGAAGCAGGUGUCGGAACAUACAUCGAAGACAUUGCUUGUACGAAAGAUUAUGUUUGGUUCUCCACAAGGAGUGUUGGGGUCAAAAGGUAUGAGCGAGCGACGAAAACUUGGCGGUCAUACACAGAAGCGCAAGGUAUGGCUUCGCGCUCCGGUGAUUGGAUUGCCACAGAUGGAGAGGGAGUGUGGACCAGCGGCAGAGGUCAUUAUUCGUGGGUCAGAGACCGGAGAGCGCAUGGUGUAAGUUACUAUCGGCCCGACGAUGAUACUUGGACGAUUUAUGACAGACGCGAAGGUCUGCGGGCUGAUCGGACGGAUUACGGACAGGUCGGUGAAGAUUACGUCUGGUGUUUUGGUGGAAGCGGCAUUAACAGAUACGAUAAGACUGGCACAUCAAGGGGCUUGAGCCGUUACGAUAAAGAGAAAGAAACAUGGACCUCCUUCACCAAACCGACCACCUUGGCAGACCGACGAGCGGUGGCUGUUGCUACCGAUUCCCGGUAUGUAUGGGUCGGUACGCACCGCGGCUUGAGUCGAUACGACAAGCACUAUGACAGAUGGAAGCAUUUUCAGAAAUCGGAAGAAGAGAGAGAUGAAGAAGACAAUGAGGAUGAAGAGGACGAAGAGGAUGGGGAAAAAGAGGAAAAAAAUGAACUUGUCGAUAACAAUGUGAUUGACCUAUCUGUCGGUAGGCGGUAUGUUUGGAUUGCGACUGAGGGCGGUGUUGGUCGGUACGAUAAAAUCGCGGAUCGGUUUGAAUCGUACACCAAAGAGAAUCAACUGCCAAGCGUUGAUAUCCGAGCAGUUGUCCAAAAUCGAAGCGAUGUAUGGAUUGGUACAAAAAACGGUAUCAGCAAGCACAGUAUUCUUUCCGACGAUCGAAAUGCUUGGGAAACAUAUAACGCCGCUAUUGAGAUCUUGCCAACGGUGGAAGGAAAAUACGCCAAGAGCCUGAAAAAUGACGAUGUUCGGUGCCUAGCAGUCGAUGAAAAUCGCGUUUGGGCUGGAACGAAAACCGGUGUCUCGCUCUAUGCACUCAGACAGGGGACGUGGACCACCUUUACUCAAAAUGAUGGACUGGCGAGCGAUGAGGUCAGUUGCAUCAUCGUUGACAAUGAGCAGGUAUGGUCGGAAGUGGGCGCGGCCGUAACGGUUUACGACACCUUGAAUGAAACAUGGAAGGUGCUUACGGAGGCGGAUGGGCUUAGGCUCAAAUCUGAGUACAUCAAUGGCAAUCCGCGGAGAUCAGGGAGUGUGGAAGAUGAUUUUACCAAUCUAAACGAGACUUUCUCGCAGAUACGGAAAGAGGAUUCAGUCCGGCAGGACGAGUUCGAUUUUGACCGCGUGUUCGGCGCGGCUUCCACAGCGUCAUGA